UUUUCCAUUUCGAGAAUAAAUGGAAGAAUCACCCACAAAAACAUUCAAAUGUCCAAAGUGUUGGAACAAGUUUGAGAAUAAACCAAAACUGAUUACUCAUGUCGAUUUGGAAUGCAAACAUAAAUAUUUUAGAUGCGAGUUAUGUGACUUCAAAUCAACUCAAAAAACUGGACUCACCAGUCAUUAUCACGGCCACAUUCGUCAGUCAAAUGUCAUCCACUGUCCAUAUUGCAAAAAGAAGAAAACGUUCAAAAGCAGGAACAAUUUGAUGGUACAUGUUCACCAUUAUCAUCCCACGCAUAUAAACGAAAUGAAGCAGGCAAACUUGGAAAGUGCUAAAGAAGAAAAAAUGAAGACAAUGUUGGAAAAGCAAGCAAAAGAAGCACACGAAUUCGAAAUUUCACAACCAGCGGUAUUUGAAAAGGAUUUCGCGAGUUAUGAUCUACCGAUGUUUUCUCAAUGCCCUCCAAUGAACGGGAUUCCAGUAUCAACUCCAAUUGAAUAUCCUUAUUCUCAAAAUCCUUAUCAAGAUCACACACCAUUUGAUAGCUAUCCCUACCCAAAUUUCCACCCACAACAGCUCCCACUGCCAACUUUCGAGAACAAUCUUCCAGACAUUGCAACCUACUUCGAUUUAUAAGUGCUUUUGCCACUAACCAUGUAUGUAAAACUAUAUUUUAUUCAUCUAAUCAGCAAAUUCGAAAAAAUCAAUAAAUAUUUAAAAC